AUGGAUACAUUAAAAUUUUCAUUGAAAGGUCAUUCAGAUACUAGAUGGGCUUCAAAAGCACAAGCUGUUAAGGCAAUGAACUCCCAAAUAAAAGAAGUAUUUAAGGUACUACAAAAUAUUUCUGACUCAGAACUUAAUUUGGAAACAAAAUCAACAGCUAAAAAUUUACUUAAAUUGUUCAAUUUUGACUUUCUUUACUUACUUAAUAUUUGGAAUCAAAUUUUAAGUAGUAUAGAUCGUGUUAAUCAAGCUUUACAAAACAAAAACUUAUCGUUGGAAAAAGUUUCCAAUUUGCUACUCGGGCUUAAAAAUGGUUUGCAGGAAAUUCGUGACACAACCAUGGAAGAUAAUUUUACAAAUGCUACAAAAAUGAUGAACUUUCGAAUUACUAUUAUAGACUCAAUAGAUAUUCUUCUUACUCAGAUGACAUGGCAGUAUGAAAAAAUUAUGGAAAUUUCAAACGAUUUUGAAUUUCUUUCCGGUCAUUCAUUAACCAAUAUGAAUUCACACGAUUUGCAAAAAGCAGCUGCUGAUUUAGGAUUAAAAUAUAAUGAAGAUAUAAAUACUGCGGAAAUAGUUGAAGAAAUUAAAGAUUUCAAACAUGCAGCUUUAUCAAUUUUGCCAAGUAUUGAAUCAGUUACGUUUUUGGAUUUAUUACAAAUGAUUCACGAUUAUAAGCUUAAAGAAUCGUAUCCAAAUAUUGAAAUUGCUAUAAGGAUUUUUCUCUCAAUACCUGCUUCAUGUGAAAGGAGUUUCAGCAAACUUAAAUUGAUAAAAACAUACUUAAGAUCAACAAUGCCAGAAGAGAGAUUAUCAAGCAUGGCCAUACUUUCAAUAGAAACAGAAAUCGCUAGUAAAUUGGAUUACGAAGAAAUUAUUGACAAAUUUGCCGACACAAAAGCAAGGAAAAUAUCGUUAUAAAUAAUGAUUAUUUUAUUUUUAUUAUUAUUAAUUAUUAUUUUAAAAUACCUUAUAAAUAAAUUUGUAAAAUUCGAAUUGAUUUGUUUCCUAUAAUAUAAGGUUGAGAAUUAUAAACUUGUGGCUAAAAAUAUUAUUUCUUGUUUAGCUCGAAACCUAAUUAAAAAUUUACUGAUUUUCCUAAUCUUAUUAUUUUAUUGAAAAAUAUUAAAAACUUUGAG